AGGUAAGUGGAAGACAAUAGCUUGUGUCAUUCGAUGCCGCGCCUCUUCGCCACCAUAAAUUUUGCUUAAACCCUUCGCCGUCGCUCUCCUGCCCUUUUCCUGAGAUUUCAGCUUCCACCGCCGGAAUGUCUAGCUGGAGGAGUCUGGUGCUUCGUCUCGGAGAAAAAUGCUCCGAGUACGGCGGAAAUGCUGACUACAAGGACCAAUUGGAGACUUGCUUUGGUGUGGUUCGUCGAGAAUUGGGGCAUGACAGUGAUGAAAUCUCUUCUUUCCUUCUUGAAUGUGCUGAACAGUUGCCUCAUAAAAUUCCUUUGUAUGGAACACUGAUUGGCUUAUUAAAUCUGGAAGAUGAAGAUUUUGUCAGGAAAAUUGUUGAAAUUACACAUGAUAAUUUGCAGGUUGCUUUAGAUAAAGGAAAAUGUAAUACAAUCCGCAUACUUCUGCGUUUCCUUACUGCAUUGAUGUGCAGCAAAGUUCUCCAACCAAAUUCCUUGGUAGUUUUGUUUGAAACACUCUUAUCAUCAGCUGCAACCGCAGUGGAUGAAGAUAAGGGAAAUCCAUCCUGGCAAGCUUGUGCUGACUAUUAUAUUGUAUGUGUUUUAUCAUGCCUCCCUUGGGGAGGAGCAGAACUUGUUGAGCAAGUUCCUGAGGAGAUUGAUAGGGUUAUGGUGGGAAUUCAAGCCUACAUGAGUAUUAGAAAACAUGUUUCUGAUUCUGGCUGCUCUGUGUUUGAGAAUGUUUAUGAAAGUGAUCAAGGUGAAGCUGGAAAGGAUUUCUUGGAGGAUCUCUGGAGCAGGGUUCAAGAUCUUUCCAGCAAGGCAUGGAAACUGGAUAGUGUUCCCAGACCACACCUUCCAUUUGAACCACAGUUGGUUGGUGGAAAGUCUCAUGAUUUUGGUCCCAUAAACUGCCCUGACCUUCCUGAUCCUCCUGCACCAUCAUCGGAAGUUGCACGUGGUAAACAAAGGCAUGAAGCUGAACAGAAAUAUCCUCAGCGUAUCAGAAGACUUAAUAUUUUCCCUUCGAGUAAGACCGAGCAUUUGCAGCCAAUAGAUCGGUUCGUUGUGGAAGAGUAUUUGCUGGACGUGCUAUUUUUCUUAAAUGGAUGCCGGAAGGAAUGUGCCUCUUAUAUGGUUGGCUUGCCAGUUCCAUUUCGAUACGAGUACCUUAUGGCUGAGACCAUAUUUUCUCAGAUUCUCUUACUACCCCAAUCUCCUUUCAAGCUGAUGUAUUACACAUUAGUGAUUAUGGAUCUCUGCAAGGCUCUUCCUGGUGCCUUUCCAGCAGUUGUAGCUGGUGCAGUUCGUUCACUGUUUGAUAAGAUUAGUGAUUUAGACAUGGAGUGCCGUUCUCGUCUUAUCCUUUGGUUCUCACAUCAUCUAUCAAACUUUCAAUUCAUUUGGCCAUGGGAAGAAUGGGCUCAUGUCUUAGAUCUUCCAAAAUGGGCACCACAACGUGUGUUUGUUCAGGAGGUUCUGGAAAGGGAAGUGCGGUUAUCAUAUUGGGACAAAGUUAAACAGAGCAUUGACAGUGCCCCUGCUUUAGAAGAGUUGCUUCCACCAAGAGGCACUCCAAAUUUCAAAUACAGUGCAGAAGAUUGCGAUCAAACCGAGCGUGAAAUUUCCUCAAAACUUAAUCAAAUGGUCAAAGACCGCUCAGCUUCUCGUGAAAUUAUUUCGUGGAUUGAAGAACAUGUGCUACCAGAACACGGAUUUGAUGUUACACUCAGAGUGGUUGCUCAAACCUUCCUGAAUAUUGGUUCUAAGAGCUUUACUCAUUUGAUUACUGUGUUGGAGAGGUAUGGUCAAGUCUUUGCUAAAAUCUGUCCAGAUCAGGACAGGCAAAUCAUGUUGAUUUCUGAAGUUGAUUCUCUCUGGAAGAACAAUGCUCAAAUGGCUGCGAUAACUAUCGAUAGAAUGAUGGGCUAUCGCCUCGUGUCUAAUGUGGCUAUAGUGAAAUGGGUUUUCUCAACAUCAAAUUCUGAUCAGUUUCAUGUUUCUGAUCGCCCAUGGGAGAUACUGAAAAAUGCUGUUACUAAGACAUUCAAUCGCUUGACUGAUCUAAGAAAGGAGAUUUUGUCCCUCAAGACGAGUGCUGCUUUAGCUACAGAAGCUGCAGUGAAAGCCCAAGCUGAGCUGGAGGAUGCACAGUCAAAGCUAACUCUAACUCUUGUAGAUGGUGAACCUGUCCUUGCUGAAAACCCUGUUAAAAUGAAGCGCUUGAAGUCAAGUGCUGAGAGAACGAAAGAGGCGGAAACUUCUGCACGUGAAUCAUUAGAAGCCAAACAGGCAGUUUUUUCACAAGUUAUUAAUGAGAUUGAGGAAUUAUUUCUAUUCUUGUACAAAAGCUUCUGUAAUGUGUUGGCUGAACCGCUUCGAGAAACAGAUGGAUCCUUGCACCAAUCUAGCAAGGCAGCAGAUGAGAUGGUUGUUGACCAGGAAGAUGCUCCAACAAUGGAGUUGGACAAAGAGGGUGAAAAAUCCGAGAAAAGUCAACCCAACGGGGACAGGACCACAAAUGGUUAUAAUGUUGGUGAAAAGGAACAGUGGUGUUUAACCACCCUGGGUUAUGUCAAGGCCUUUUCACGUCAAUAUGCUUCAGUGAUAUGGCCUCUAGUUGAGAGAUUAAAUGCGGAGAUAUUAACAGAGGAUGUUCAUCCACUUUUUAGGAAAGCUGUAUACACUGGCCUGGGCCAACCCAUUGACACUUAUGCUCAAAUUGAUGUAGAAAAGGAAAAGGAUUGCUUUCGAAGGUUCAUUUUAAAGAAUCAUCAGAAUAUGUUGCAUCCAAAUAUUUAUUGAAAUGUGAAAUCUGAUGCUCCGGCCAAAGAACAUGAAGUCUCUGCAUAUAUCUCAAGGUGAUCCUUCUAAACGGAUAUAAUCAUACGUGACUUCUGUAUACUCACGAUUAGUUGUUAUAGUUAGGUAUACUGUGUUUUGCCCUCUUAGAAGCAAUCGUCCACCUACAUCAAUACUAUAAAUAUGGUAUAUCCCGUGAUCGCCAUAUCUUGCUACUGCAUUGUCUUUCCCUUUGGUUACAGCAGUGAAAUGCGGCACAGAUUUUGGAUCGUUAAAACGAACCUUCAAUAACAUAUGCAUAAAUGAAUAGCUAUUAGCAUAUGAUGGAAAUGCUGUGGUAAAAGUUGUACUUUAUUUUGACUUGAGAAUUAUAACAAUGGAGAUUUGCUUGUUACCUCUAUGUCUGCAUGAUUUGCGGAAGCAAG